AUGAUGGUGACUCCAGUCAACUUUGAUGCAACAGACUUUAAGAUCACUCUCCCGGAGUUGCAACAUUUGAUGGAAUUUCGAAAGAAAGAUGCAGUGAAGAAAAUAAAGGAACUUCAUGGUGACAUCUUUAAAAUCUGUGCAAAGCUGAAAACUUCCCCCACACUUGGGAUACCUGGUUCCGAAUCAGAAUUAGAUAUAAGGAAAGCUGUAUUUGGAAAGAACUUUAUACCUCCUAAAAAGUCCCUAACUUUCCUGGAAUUAGUAUGGGAAGCACUGCAGGAUACGACAUUAUGCAUCUUAGAAAUUGCAGCCAUUAUAUCACUGGGACUUUCUUUUUAUGAUCCAGGAGGAAGUGUUGCAGCUUGUCAUGCAAAUGAAUUUGGAGAAGAAGAAGAAGAGGGGGAGGCUGACUGGAUUGAAGGAUUUGCAAUACUUGUAUCAGUAUUUUGUGUAGUGUUGGUAACAGCUUUCAAUGACUGGAGUAAGGAAAAACAAUUCAGGGGGUUGCAGGAUCGCAUUGAAAAGGAACAAAAAUUUACUGUCAUCAGGAAUGGGGAGUCAAUGCAGGUGCCAGUAGCUGAGUUAGUGGUUGGGGAUGUUGCACAGAUCAAAUAUGGUGACCUUUUGCCAGCUGAUGGUUUGCUCCUUCAAGGAUAUGAUCUAAAAAUUGAUGAGAGCAGCCUCACAGGGGAAUCAGAUCAUGUCAAGAAGUCUUUGACAGAGGACCCCAUGUUGCUUUCAGGUACCCAUGUGAUGGAAGGCUCUGGAAAAAUGGUUAUUACAGCUGUAGGUUUAAACUCGCAAACAGGAAUUAUCCUCACUUUACUUGGAGUUGGAGAAGAUAAUGAGAGAACAAAUCAUAAAAAGCCAGCCAACCCUCAUAAAACUGCUGGAAACGAAACAAAGGAAAAAGAACAAACUUCAAAACACAAAAAAGAAAAAUCAAUUCUACAAGCAAAACUCACAAGAUUGGCUGUUCAGAUUGGAAAAGCAGGACUGGCAAUGUCUAUAAUCACUGUUACUGUUCUUAUAGUCUAUUUUUUAGUUCAAAAUUUUGUGAUUGAGAAGCAUACUUGGACUGCUGAAUGUACACCCAUUUAUAUACAAUAUAUUGUGCAGUUCUUUAUUAUUGGAGUUACAAUCUUGGUCGUAGCAGUACCAGAGGGCCUUCCACUUGCAGUCACCAUCUCACUUGCCUACUCUGUGAAACAAAUGAUGAAAGAUAAUAACCUAGUGAGACAUUUGGAUGCCUGUGAAACUAUGGGUAAUGCAACAGCAAUUUGUUCAGAUAAAACAGGGACCUUAACCAUGAACAGAAUGACAGUAGUUGAAAUUUUAAUUGCUGGCACACAUUAUAAACAUGUUCCUGAACCUAAAUUAAUUCAUCCAACCAUGCUGAAUUAUUUGCUUAAAAGUAUUUCUGUAAACUGUGCUUAUACUUCAAAAAUACUGCCUUCUGACAAAAAAGGAGGCCUUUCUCUUCAAAUUGGCAAUAAGACUGAGUGUGCUUUACUGGGCUUGCUUGUGGAAUUAAAGCAGAAUUAUGAGGAUAUGAGGACUAAGAUACCAGAAGAGAAAUUGUUUAAGGUAUACACCUUUAAUUCUGACAGGAAAUCAAUGAGCACAGUUUUGAAAAACCCCAAUGGGAGUUAUCAACUCUUUAGCAAAGGUGCUUCUGAAAUACUUCUUAAAAAAUGCACCAAUAUACUUGAUGCUGCUGGGGAACCUAUAUCCUUUACCAAAAAAGAGAAGGAAAAUGUGAUAAAAAAUGUGAUUGCACAAAUGGCCUCUGGAGGACUUCGCACCUUAUGUCUAGCAUUCAAAGAUUUCCCAGCCGACUCAGAACCAAAUUGGGACGAAGAUGAUGAUAUUUUCAGUGACAUGACUUGUAUUGCAGUUGUAGGUAUUGAAGAUCCAGUGAGACCUGAGGUUCCUGAUGCAAUAAGAAAAUGUCAGAGAGCUGGUAUUGUUGUACGUAUGGUUACUGGGGAUAACAUUAACACAGCUCGUGCAAUAGCUGCAAAAUGUGGGAUUCUGAAACUCGGGGAGAACUUUGAGUGUUUAGAGGGGCAUGAGUUUAAUAGACUAAUACGUGGUCCAGACGGACAGAUUAAACAAGAGCUUAUUGAUAAGAUUUGGCCUACACUUCGUGUGCUUGCAAGGUCCUCACCUGCUGACAAGUACAACUUGGUAGAAGGGAUCAUUAACAGCAAUAUCACAGAACAAAGGCAAGUGGUAGCAGUAACUGGUGAUGGUACAAAUGAUGGGCCUGCAUUAAAAAAAGCUGAUGUUGGUUUUGCAAUGGGUAUUGCUGGAACAGAUGUAGCUAAAGAAGCUUCUGAUAUAAUUCUUACUGAUGACAACUUCUCAAGCAUUGUUAAAGCUGUCAUGUGGGGUAGGAAUGUAUAUGACAGCAUUUCCAAAUUCCUUCAGUUUCAGCUUACUGUUAACAUAGUAGCAGUGAUAGUUGCUUUUAUUGGAGCAGCAGUCACCCAGAAUUCACCUCUGAAAGCUGUUCAGAUGCUGUGGGUCAAUCUCAUUAUGGACACACUUGCUUCUCUUGCUCUAGCAACAGAAAAGCCAACAGAGGAUCUGCUGGAGCGAAAGCCUUAUGGCAGAAAUAAACCUCUUAUUUCCCGUACAAUGCUAAAAAAUAUUAUGUUUCAUGCUCUUUAUCAACUUGUAGUUGUUUUUGCACUUCUUUUUGUGGGUGAAAAAUUAUUUGAUAUUGAAAAUGGACGAAUUGCACCACUACAUGCCCCACCUACCCGGCAUUACACUAUUAUUUUUAACACAUUUGUAAUGAUGCAGAUUUUUAAUGAAGUCAAUGCACGCAAGAUUCAUGGGGAAAGGAAUGUUUUUUCAGGAAUAUUCACAAAUUCCAUUUUUUGUUGUAUUUUUGUGGGGACAUUGAUUACACAAAUAAUCAUUGUUCAGUUCGGAGGGAAGCCCUUUAGCUGUGCAAGUCUUACACUAGAGCAGUGGCUAUGGUCAAUCUUCUUUGGCCUAGGAACAUUGCUAUGGGGGCAGCUGAUUGUAUAUAUUCCAAAUAGGUUCCUGGUGUUCCUGUGGGAAGUUGGUGAUCAACCACCACAACCUACUGUUGAAGACGAACAAAUGGAAGGUGACACAGUGAUUGACUUAGGUGAACAAGAACUGAAACGCAGUAAGUUUUUGUGCUUCAGGAACUGGACUAGAAUACAAGUGCAGUGCAGAGCAGUGAAAUCAUUCAAGACCCCCUUAUAUAAUAAAGAUGCGCAUUCAACUAAUAGUAAAACUGCAUAA